CGUGUAUAUAAGACCAACUGGUAUAUUCCCUGUCAUAAACGAAUCACAACUAGUCGUGAGUCAUAAUAUACUUGGAUAAACGAUUUGAAAUUUAUAUCGGCAUUAUUAACGUAUUACCAAAUUUCCUCAGUUUCAACCAAGAGGAAAACUAUAAGAUUUAAAGUAACAUGUACAAUAGUGCAGCUGAAAAAGGAGAAAACUAUAGUGAAGAAUCAAAAUACGUGGCGAAGAUUCUUUCCAACAUGUCUAACGCCUCAUCAGUCAGUUCAUAUGUUGUGCCUUCAGUAUCUUAUGGUGUUACAUCAGCUUCAACACCGACAUCGCUUCUUACGCCUUCAACAUUAUCAAACCUUGAACAAACAUUCAUAGAAUUACAAUCGGUACCUGUUAAUUCAGGACAAAACCCUUUAACUCAGAGUGGAUUUUUACCACCAGUUGUUGACCUACACGACAGGUCAAAUGAUGGGUAUGAUUAUGGCGAUAGCAGCGAUUCGGAUUGGACUCCUAGUAAGAAAUCGAGAGUGUCAGAAUCAGGAGACUCUCAUGUCACAACUUCAUAUAUGAUCUCAAGUGGACCUGGCCGCAAAGGAGGGCGAAGAAGAAAUGAUGAAAAUUUAUCAGCUGAGGAAGAAGAACGGAGAAGAAUUAGACGAGAGAGAAACAAACUAGCUGCAGCUAAGUGUCGCCAAAGAAGGGUUGACCAUACGAAUAGACUUGUAAAUGAAACUGAUGGAUUGGAAAAAGACAGAGAUAAUUUGGAAAUAGAAAUUCAAUCUCUUCAGCAAGAGAAGGAUCAGUUAGAAUUCAUUUUGCAAGCUCACACACCAGUGUGCAAGGUUGAAAAACAAGAUAAACAAGAGUAUAGUCCACGGACACUUAAAAUCAAAUCUGAACCACUAGAAGGCAGUUGUGUGAAUGCAUGUGCUUCAACAAGACCAAGUACUCUAUCUUUUAAAUCUGAAAAAGCUAUGGGCAUUCCAAUUACAACGCCAUCAAACGGAUUUUAUUUCACAUUAGACAAUAUGGUUGAUCAUACUGGCCUUACACCAAUAACUAAUGGUCCAAACACAUGCAGUACUGAAGCAUCAAGAACAACGAGUGACAGUAGUGCUGAAAAUGUUAAUUCUCCUACACUUAUUUCAUUAUAAUUUUGAAUCUAACACAAUCUUUUGGGACAAUGUCUUGCCAGUUUUGAGAUUAACUCAUACAAGUUAAAUAAGUUUUUGUUUCGGGAGCAUCACUAUCAUAUUGAGUUGGAAUGAAUGAUGCUUAUGGUGUAAAGAUACAAAUAUGAAAAUACACAUGACUCUUGAUUCGAGAGAAUGCAAAACAAACUUCAUGAGUGUAGCUUAAACAUGCAAAAUAAUAUUUAUUUUUGUACAAAGAUCUAUGCAUGACGAGUUUUGAUAUUUUUAGUGUUCAUUUUAAAAUUUUCUACUUAUUUUUAUACAUUUAAUUUGUUGGUGCUUGUGUUAUGAUUCUUAUCAAAUGCUACAAAUAUGCUGUUCAUUAUUAUUUAUGUUUCACAAAUAAAUAAAUUUAUCUGAA